AUGGAUGAGCUCCAGCGAGGAAUCUCCCCGAACAUGGUGGCGUCCAUGAUGAGCCACGACAGGUUGCUCGGGUCCCUUCCGCCAUCAGAAGAAUUCCUCAAAGAAGGCAUUGUAGAGAAAAGAAGCCAGGAGAAGAAGUGGCAAGAGAGGAGGAUUAUCCUGACAUCAACACACAUCAUCUUGACAACGCAAGGGUCGGACAUGAUCAAAGACAGCAUCUUUCUGCGAGAUGUCUCCCUUGCUCGGUCAGUGAGCCACCUCGACGGUCAUCGGUUUGACCUGCUGGACCGAAUGAAAGAGCAUGAGGAGGAGAGGGAAAUCGAGUGCGGGCAAUCGCAGAACGGAGGAUCGUUCAGAGGCAAAGUCAAACAGGUCGCGCACGUCGACAGCUUCACGUUCGAAGUUCACACGAGGGAAGAGAGUGAGAGCUGCGGGAGGGUCUACGUCUUCCGCAGCUUUGACGAGAAGGAGACAGACGACUGGGUCAAGAUGAUCGACGAGCAGGCGAAGCUCUCUAUGGAUAGCGCUCUACACGACAGGCUCGGAGAGUUCGAGAGGAUGCGCUACAAGAUCGCCAUGUUCUACGACAGCAACCCAGUGCAGAGCGUCGUCGCCUUCCUCAUCACCAUCAACUUCUUGGCUAACGCGGCGCAGUCGGAGCUCCUUCCUAAGGAAGGCAGCAGCAUGGCGAACUUCUUCGCUGUGCUCGACGAUCUCUUCACGAUCCUCUUCACGAUCGAGCUGGGGCUCAACCUCAUCUCUCACUGGUUCUGGCCCUUCAUCUCCGACGGCUGGUCCGUCUUCGACUUCGUCAUCGUCUCCAUCUCCCUCAUCGCCAUGAUUGUCGGCAACCUCCCGGGCGUCAAGUCGCUUCGCCUCAUGCGAGCCUUCCGCGUCCUCCGCCUCUUCGGCCGCCUGCAGUCGCUGCGGCAGAUUAUCACCGCACUGACUCACUCCAUCGUCCCCGUCCUGAACGCGUUCCUCAUCAUGCUCCUCGUCACUUGCAUCUACGCCAUCCUCGCCGUCAACUUCUACAGCGACCGGAGCCCCGAGUUCUUCGGCUCUUUUCUCGCGCCUGCUUCACCCUCUUCCAGUGGAGGAGACGGGAAAGAUCACCUGGGGCUGGACGGGAAUGUCGCGUUGUUCUUCGUCUCCUUCAUCGUUAUCGUCGGUUGGACCCUCCUCCAGGUCGUCGUUGCCGUUCUCCUUGACAACUUCACCGCCGCAGCAGAGGCGGAAAAGGAGGACAAGAUCAGGCAGAAGAAUUUGCAGGAGGGACGUGCGCUAGUCGUGUUUGCCAUCGACCCCCUCCUGGCGGCGCUCGCUCACUUCGACACCUCGCAGGAUCUUUCUGAUCGCAUCUCCAUGCUCUUCAACAUCCUCGACACCGACGACUCCAACACCCUCAGCUUCGAGGAGCUCUCCUACGGUCUCCGCAAGCUCAAGGUUCGGCCUCCCAUCUCGCUCUCUCGCGAUGAUUUCGAGGUCAUGACCAUCCAAGGAAGUCUCCUCAACGACCGCGGCGAGCUCGGCCCCUCCGAGUUUGACAAGGUGAUGAGGAGGCAGUUGAAGCUCUACGUGCAGCGGCAGAUGGCGAACGCGAUGGACCUGCUGGGAGCUAAUUCGACAGGACAGCAAGACACUCUCUUCUUCGUGCUGAAGCUGCUCAUGAUCGGACGCCUGGUGUGA